AUGGACCGCAUUGAUACGUUAUACUCGACGGAGAGGGCAGCGGUGAAGGAUAAGCUGGAGCAAGCAGAAGCGGUCUCGCUGACAGGGGAUUACUGGACAUCUGUCAGUAAUGACAAUUACCUGGGUGUCACUGCUCAUUACUUCACCCGUCAGUGGGAGCUUCAGUCCCACGCUCUGACUGUGAUGAAGACCGAAGAGAGGCACUUCGCGGAUAAUGUUGUGGAUCACUUUAUGACAGUAGCCAGAGAGUGGGGAAUCGAAGAAAAAGUUGCGUCCCUGACUACGGACAGUGCGCGUAAUAUGGUAGCGGCCGCCAGGCAACUGCCGUUUGAACACGUACCCUGCGUAGCACACAGCGUGCAUCGGGCUGUCACUGUGUCCCUUCAUAACAGCCCGUUCGACUCAGCACUGGCGAAAUGCCGAAAACUCGUCGGCCACUUCAAGCAUAGCCCGGCAAAUGCCUCCGAGCUUAAACAACAACAGGCUGCUCACCAUCAAAAGCAAGAAGCUCUAACACAGGAGGUGCCAACCCGGUGGAACAGCACUCUGGAGAUGGUUAAGAGAGUCCACCGGAAUAUCAAACCGCUGAGGGAUGCGCUGGCACUUCAUCCCACGAGAAUACCCAUGCCAACUGCUGCUGAGCUAGAGAAAACGAAGAAGCUGGAAACUGCGUUGGAGCAUUGCAGGUAUGUUUCCGAUCUUCUGGGAGGAGAGAUGUAUGUGUCUUGCUCCGUGGUCCUGCCAGCAUUAUGUCACCUCUCCAGAGUGAUGGAUGCCACUGAAGAUGAUCCAGCAUAUAUGGUCAAGUUCAAGGCAACCUUCAAAGCUGACAUGGAUGGCCGCAAGGACAAGUACAACACCACUUGGCUGCGCAUCGCAACAGCACUUGACCCAAGGUUUAAAGACCUGAAGUGCCUCACCAAACCUGACCGGGUUCAGGUGUGGAAUUCCAUCCGCACCUUGCUCAUGGAGAUGCAGAGGCCUGCAGAGCUGGAUGACACACCUGAGCCAGCAAAGAAGAAACCAGCUCUCAUGCUGGCAGAUGAGUCAUCUUCGGACGAAGAGGAAGACAGUGUGGAGCGGUGCAUUGAUCGGUACAAGGCAGAGCCCAUGAUUAACCUAGAUGACAGUCCGCAAGAGUGGUGGUCCACACAUGCAGCAUCCCACCGUGAGUUGGCCAUUCUUGCACGGAGGUACUUGUCAACGCCUGCAACAUCUGUACCAUCAGAAAGACUGUUUUCCCUCUCUGGACAUGUGGUUCAGAAAAGACGAGCAUCGCUGUCUCCAGAAAAUGUCAACAGGCUUGUCUGUCUGAGCAACUGGCUCAAAGCAAAAAAGUAGGCUGGUG